AUGAUGCAGUACUACUGCUCCUGCAACAGUCCUGUUGACGUACUUCUGUACAGCCUCAGUGAUAUUAUUAGAAAAACAUUCACCAGGACUCCUCAGGCUUCGUGCGAAGAGCUAAGACCUUGGUCCAGAUUCUCACGUAGAAGUUGGAGUGAAAAUACUUUAAAUGAUCGACUUAAUUCCUCAAAGACUGCAUGGCCUGUGCCAAGAUUUGAAGCUAUGUUCUUACCUGAGUUUCCAGUUAGGGAAGCACCUUUGAAAAUCGACUAUGUGUUCAUUGAUAUUAUUUCUAAGGGAGCCUAUGGUAGAGUAUAUAAAGUACGAAAAAAGGAUACAAAAGAAAUAUUUGCUUUAAAGGUGAUCAGCAAAGCUAAAAUAGUUGCUGAAAAUGCGGUUGAACAGGCCAAACAAGAGGUAUCCAUACAAAAAGCUGUUGGCCACCAUACUUUUAUUGCCAGUUCACCUCAUCAUUGGCAAGGAAGAAAAACUUUAUACAUUUUAACUCAGUACAUAGGUAGUGGUGAGUUGCUUUCUCUAGUCCAUGAAUAUGGCUGUUUAUCGGAGGGUUUAGUUAGGAUAUAUGUUGCAGAGAUAGCUUUAGCUUUAGGGAUAAUUCAUAGGGAUUUAAAGGCAUCUAAUAUUUUACUUGACAAUGAAGGUCAUGCCAUGCUCAUAGAUUUUGGAUUAGCUAAAUGGCUUAGGCCUACACAUAGAACUGGCACGUUCUGCGGAACUUUAGAAUACAUGGGUAAACUCAUUUUUAUACAACUUCCCCGGAAAUCAUUAAAAGACAGUAUUAUGGACAUGAGGUUGAUUGGUGGUCACUUGGAGUGUUGGCUUGUUUUCUUCUGA